AUGGCUGUUGCCUUGGCCGUGCCUGAAAGUUCAUUGGUUGUACGGACAGAGUCAAAAACUUGCAACAAAAAACGUUCACCUUUGGAGAAGAGACAUGAAGAUGAUACAUGUCCUUGUACAGUUGCCAACGCAGUAUUUCAAAAUAUAAUUCAGGGUAUCGUCGUUUUCGCCCAGGAUGAAUGUGGUUUUACUCAGGCCAUAGGUCUUUUUUCAAGUGGUUUUAAACCAGAUAAUCAAUAUUGUGCCUUUAUCACUGAUGAUUGUGGAAGGAUUCUUCACAAUAUCACUGAUGACCUAGCUUUAAAAUUUAACAAAGACGGUGGUACCGAGCCGUUUGCUUCCAAACUUCAUGGUGUUAAUCUUAACUGUGACAAGAAUGGUAUCUUGCUUGCAUCCACUCCCAAACCCGCAGACGAUAACACCACACAUUCUAAACGUACUGAAGAUGAUUAUUAUUAUAAAGAUCCUUGCGCUUCUAGUUAUCGAAAACGCGCCGAAGGUUCCCAGAUGCGAUUUUAUGAAAACGGUAACAAUUACGACCAAGCUAAUAUUG